AUGGGGCUGUCAGUAAAGAAGGUGGGAGGAGCAAACAGACAGAGAGCAGAGUCUCCAGUGUCCAGCCGUCUCUCUAUGAAGAGCGACUGGUCCAACAAUGAACCUCCAGAUUUCAAAAGUGGUGUGCAGGAGGUCUUAGAUGAACAUAAGAUCAGUCUGAGGAAGAGAUGUGAAAGUGUGACUGAAGAAAAUGAUGAAACAGGAAGUGGAACCCUCCUCAACAGGAUCUACACUGAGCUCUACAUCACAGAGGGACAGAGUGAGGAGGUUAAUACCCAACAUGAGGUGAGGCAGCUUGAAAAAACUUCCAAGAUGAAGACCCUCCAUGACACUCCAAUCAAGUGCCACGACAUCUUUAAAGCCUUACCUGACCAACAGAAACACAUCAGAGUCGUUCUGACGAACGGCGUUGCUGGCAUUGGAAAAACCUUCUCAGUGCAGAAGUUCACUCUGGACUGGGCAGAGGGCUCGAAAAACCAAGAUGUCAGUCUGGUGAUUCUGCUUUCAUUCAGGGAGCUGAACUUGAUCAAAGAUGAGCAGUACAGUCUCCUCAUGCUGAUCCAUGUUUUCCAUCCAACAUUAAAGAUGGUCACAGCAGAGAAGCUUGUGGUCUGGAAAGUUUUGUUCAUCUUUGAUGGCCUGGAUGAAAGUAAACUUUCACUGGAUUUUAAGAACAAGAAUGUCGUGUCUGAUGUCACACAGAAGUCAUCAGUCAACGUGCUGUUGACAAACCUCUUCAAGGGGAAGCUGCUUCCCUCGGCUCUCAUCUGGAUAACUUCCCGACCUGCAGCAGCCAAUCAGAUCCCUCCUACAUGUGUUGACAGGGUAACAGAAGUAAGAGGCUUCACUGAUGUUCAGAAGGGGGAGUACUUCAGGAAGAGAUUCAGUGAUGAAGAGCUGUGCAGCAGAAUCAUGUCACACAUUAAGACAUCCAGGAGCCUCCACAUCAUGUGUCACAUCCCAGUCUUCUGCUCGAUUGCUGCUACAGUUCUGGAGCACAUGUUGACUACAGACCAGAGAGGGGAGCUGCCCAAGACCCUGACUGACCUGUACUCACACUUCCUGCUGGUUCAGACAAAGAGGAAGAAGCACAAGUAUGAUGAUGGACAUGAGAUGAGUCCACAGGAGCUGACAGAGGCUGACAAGGAAGUUCUUCUGAAGCUGGGGAGGCUGGCAUUUGAACAUCUGGAGAAAGGAAACAUCAUGUUCUACCAAGAAGACCUGGAGCAGAGUGGUCUUGAUGUCACAGAGGCCUCGGUGUUAUCAGGAGUUUGUACAGAGAUCUUUAGAAGAGAGAGCGUGAUCUUCCAGAAAACAGUCUACUGCUUUGUUCAUCUGAGCUUUCAGGAGUUUCUGGCUGCAGUCUACAUGUACCACUGUUACACCAACAGUAACACAGACUUACUGGAGGACUUCCUGGGAAAAAAACACAAUGACUCAUCUCUGGAUGUCUUCCUGAUGGCAGCCAUGGAGAAAUCUCUCAGAAGUGAAAAUGGCCAUCUGGACUUGUUUGUUCGCUUCCUUCAUGGCCUCUCUCUGGAGUCCAACCAGAGUCUCUUAGAAGGCCUUCUAGGUCAGACAGAGAACAGUCCAGAAAUCAUCCAGAGAGCCAUUAACAACCUGAAGAAGAAGACCCGAAUCUCUCCUGACAGAAGCAUCAACAUCUUCCACUGUCUGAUGGAGAUGAACGACCGCUCAGUACAUCAGGAAAUCCAAGAGUUUCUGAAGUCAAAAAACAGAUUAGAGAAGAAACUCUCUGUGAUCCACUGCUCAGCUCUGGCCUACAUGCUGCAGAUGUCAGAGGAGGUUCUGGAUGAGUUUAACCUGAGAGAGUACAACACAUCAGAGGAGGGACGACAGAGACUGAUCCCAGCUGUGAGGAACUGCAGAAAGGCUCAACUUUCUGGCUGUGGACUCUCAGCAACUCACUGUGAAGUUGUGGCCUCAGCUCUGAAGUCCAGCCCCUCCCAUCUGAGAGAGCUGGAUCUAAGUCUCAACAAGCUGCAGGAUUUAGGAGUAAAGCGUCUGUGUGCUGGACUGGAGAGUCCAAACUGUAGACUGGAGACUCUGAGAAUCAGGUUCUGCAGCUUGUCAAAGAUCAGCUGUGCUUCUCUAGCCUCAGCUCUGAAGUCCAACCCCUCCCAUCUGAUAGAGUUGGAUCUUAGAGACAACAACCUCCAGGAUUCAGACGUGAAGCUGCUGUCUGAUCUUCAGGAGAGUCCACACUGUAGACUGGAGACUCUGAGGUCAGUAGAGAGUUGGAGUCAGUCUGUACUGGUUUCAGCAGUCUUCUAUUAA